AUGCAAGUUAUAAAACGUUUUAUAUCGAUCAGUAAAAUUAGUCAAAAAAUGAAUUACCCUUCAGCAGAUCGAAACAAGUCCUUCAUCCUCGAGGUGCUUAAACGCGAGUUCGACUGCGAAGGAGAAAGAAGCGUUCUGGAGAUCGCUUCGGGCACUGGGCAACACAUUGUCUAUUUUGCCGCGCAUUUUCCCAACUACACGUUUCAACCGUCCGAAUACGACACGCGGCUGUUGGACAGCAUAAAAACGUACGUCGACGACGCACCCACGAAAAACGUGCAUCAACCUCAGCAAAUUGACGUGACCAAGGAGUUUUUCUUCGCGGACCCGUUCGAUUACAUCGUCAACGUCAACAUGUUUCACAUAACGCCGUUCGGGUGCUCGGUGGGGUUUUUCCGAAACGGCGGCAAGGUUUUGAAGCAGGGCGGCAAAAUAAUCACGUACGGCCCUUACGCGGUCAACGGGGUCCUCGAACCGCAAUCGAACGUUCAGUUUGAUGCCGGGUUGAAAAGGCAAAACCCCGAAUGGGGAGUGAGGGACGUGGAAGACUUGAAGAAGGUCGCCAAAGAGUUCGGCGUAAUUUUAGUGAGGAGUUACGAUCUACCGGCGAACAAUAAAUGUUUAGUAUGGCAAAAACAUUAA